AGUGAGUUUUGAAGGGACAGGAAGAGUGAGAGGGCGUUUGUGGUUGAUGAUUCUUUCCCCUUCUGUGCGCGCGUGUGUGUUUUUUUUCCUUUAAACCCUUAAACCACACCGCACUCUGCAAAAGAGCGUGAGAAAAUCUCUCUCUGAGGCUACUUACGGAGGGCAGACAGUCUAUUUGUCCUGACUUACUUGUGCCUGUGGCUCGCUCGCUCUCUCUCUCUCUGUUUAAAUCUUUCGGAUACUUUAUUCUACCAUCACAAAUGUUUUAACACCGGUCUUGCAGAGGUGGAGGAGUCGAUGCUGCUGGUGCUAAAUCUCGGAGGGAAACCGGGUUACGAUGCACCUACUCCACCAGCCGACAAGAGGGGUCCUCUUCCAGCUCCUGCUCGUUCUCGCGGACGGUGUGUUUACCAGAAAUGUCAAUUUCCAUAACGUGAAGCCACCGAUGUCCCCGACUCCUUUUCCGAACAGCUUCAAGUGCUUUACCUGCGAUGGCGCUCCUGAUAAUUAUAACUGCAACAGAUGGGCAGAGGAUAGAUGGUGCCCUCAACAUGCAGAGUAUUGCCUUACAAUCUACAGAUUUACAGGCCACGGGCGAAGUAAAUCUGUCACCAAAAGGUGCGUUUCCAGGGAGGAAUGUCAUUUGGUCGGAUGCAGGCACGUGAGGGAAUUUGGGUUUACUGAGUGCGUUUCCUGUUGCGAAGGAAUGAUCUGCAAUGUUGACGUGCCAACAAACCACACCAACGCAGUGUUUGCUGCAAAGCGGCCUCACCGAUUCUCCUCUGCGGCCGACGGCAGAAAGACUAGCCUGGCGGAAACCCUGGCUACAGUGGUGCUACUCUCUCAGCUGCUAUGAUGCUGCAAUUGGGCUCUCACUCAGCGUCGUUGGACUCUUUAAAGACCGUGCUCACGGUCACCUCUCCCUCCCCCACUUCCCCACACCCCCAGCACGGGGGUCAGGCUCCGCAGCUGUUAAGCACUCCGAGACUCUGCCCUGCGCACGUGGAGGGCCCUGGGUAAAUGCAAGUUGUUAUCGUUGCCAGCCACGUGGACAACCAUGGACUUGGAGGAAAAAG